AUGAGACAUAUUCACUAUAAUGCCUGCAAAAAUGGGUCACAUGUUUUGAUAAUAUUAGUCAUUUUGAUUCCAAGAAUUGUUCUAUCGUUGGUUUCAGCUGCCGCCGAGGGAGAUUAUUGUGAAGAGGAAUUUGAUAGUAUAAGAUGUAAUCCAUUAUUGGAUAAACAAUGUUUAGUUACCAAUGAGGCCCUAAGAUCUUCCAUAUUUGAAUCAUUUACAAUGGGGACCAAAUAUUUUGCCAUUACAAGUUGUCGAAGAGGAGUUAAAUUCGAUUCCAAUGGGAUGCUGUUAACAUUAAGUAAACCGUUUGAUAAUCCAUCAUUAGUUUCAAGUUUUUAUAUAAUGUAUGGGAAAGUUGAAGCUGAUAUUAAGGGGGCAAAGGGUAAAGGAAUUAUAAGCUCAUUUUAUUUACAAAGUGAUGAUUUAGAUGAAAUUGAUAUUGCAGAAAUAUUUGGAGGUGAUCCAUACGAAUUUCAAACAAAUUAUUUUAUUAAAGGAAAUGUUAGCAAUUAUGAUCGAGGAAAAUAUCAUCAAUUACCCGGUUCUCCAUUAGAUAAGUUUUAUCGUUAUGGGGUAGAAUGGACUCCUGAUAAUAUUAUUUUAACUAUAGAUGGAAAAAUUGUUAGAUCAAUUAAUAGUAAGAAUAAAUAUGGAUUUCCAUCUUCUCCAAUGUCCCUUAAAUUUAGUCUAUGGGCUGGCGGAGACGCAUCAAACAACGCAGGAACAAUCGCAUGGGCAGGUGGAAAAACUGAUUAUUCAAAAGCACCAUUUAUGAUGUUAGUGAAAAAUGUGAAAGUUGCAGAUUAUUCAACAGGAGAAUCUUAUACAUAUGGAAAUCUCCCAGGAGGAAAAUGGGUCGACUUGCAAGCCAAGAAUGGAAAAAUAUUUGGUGAAGAUAGAAUAAAGCAUACAAUUACGACUAAAGCAACAAUUACAAGGACAUCAACCAUCAAACCAAAAUUCACGAAGACUUCCACCAUUCGUCCUACUAGUAAAAUCACUAUAACAAGAACAUCUACUAUACGUCCAUCAAUAUCCACAAGAACUACAAAAGUACCACCACAAACGGUUGGCUCUACAAUCACAAGGACAAUCGUACGGACGCUCCCAGUUGCACGAAUGGCUGCAAAGGCAACAACUCCAUCCAAAAGAACUAGACCCUUCCAUCAAAAAUUAUUGCCCAAAUAUCCAGCUACUAGAAAGAUAACCAUUACUAAAGGCAUUUACGAAACGCCGGUAUCAAAACUGGUUGGACCAACCCAGUUUAUGAUUGCUGCACAUACCUCUUCAGCGAAAGUUGGUACUUCUGGCUAUUAUUCAAUAAGUACCUUAAAUUCUACAUAUGGCAGACCUCUUGCUAUAAAUACAACUUCAAGCAAUGAAAACAAAAGUUCCAGUCUUCACAAUCAAAAUCAAAGUGGAGGGAAUAAGCGUAUAUUUGUUCAAUUUGAUAUGGACAUGCUAGGAGGAGGAUCCCAGUUUCUUUCAUUAUCUUUACUUACAAUUAUAGUUACCAAUCUUAUAGUUAUUCUAGUAUCUUUGUAA